AUGGCUGACACUCAGACAAACGGCGCCACCGCGUCCGCAGACAGCCUCGCGCAAUACGACCUCUUUCCGAAGCUGGUCCAAAACCUCGAUCGACAUCUGGUCUUCCCAAUUAUAAACGCCAUGGGUGACGAGGACGACGCGGAGAUCGCGCGGUUACGAUUCGAGCUCCUCAAGCCCACCAACAUGGCCGAUUUCUUGGAGAACCUGGAUCUACAGCUACACGGAAAGCCCACCCUAGACUAUCAAAGGAUGAGGGAAGAAGUCGGUGGGAGAAUGCAGCAGCUCCGAGAAGAGACAGCCUUGAUCAGCGAGAUACUGGAAAACCAAGAUGUCAUCAACCAGCUGCGGAGUGACAAGGAGCAAAAUCUGAAGUUCCUCACCGAGAACUACGGCGUCACGGCGGACAUGGUCAACAAGCUAUAUGAGCUGGGACAGCUGGAGUACAGCUGCGGGAUGUACGAACAGGCCAGUAAUACGCUCUUCAAAUACCGGCUUCUGGCCAUCGACAACCCCAAAGUCGACGAAGCCGCCUGGGGCAGAGUCGCCUGCCAGAUCCUCGCCGAAGAAUACGAGUCCGUGCUAGACGAACUCAACAAAAUCGCCGAAACGAUCGAAUCCCGCUUCUUCGGCGCGCCUCUGCCCCAACUCCAACAGCGCGUCUGGCUAAUCCACUGGUCGCUGUUCCCCUUCUUCAACUACGAGCCCGCGCGCGACAUCCUCACCGAGCGCUUCUUCCAGCCCCAGUACAUCAACACCAUCCAGACCGCCUGCCCCUGGAUACUGCGGUACCUGACUGCGGCCGUCAUCACGAACAGGCAGCGCAGCCGGCAGAGCAAUCAGUACCAGAAGCAGCUGAAGGACUUGGUGCGCAUCGUGCGACAGGAGCUGUAUGAGUACCGCGACCCGGUGACCGACUUCAUCAAGGCGCUGUACGUCGACUUUGAUUUCGAGGAGGCGCAGAAGAAGCUGGGCGAGGCGGCGCUCAUCUUGCAGAAGGACUUCUUCCUGAGCGACAGCGCAGAUGCGUUUGUUGAGGCGGCAAGGCAUCUGAUCUCGGAGAGCUAUUGCAAGAUUCACCAGAGGAUUGACAUCAAGGACCUUUCCACUCGCCUCGGCCUCUCCCAGUCGGAAGGUGAGCUGUGGAUCGUGAACCUGAUCCGCGACACCCGCGUCGACGCCAAGAUCGACUACAAGGCCGGCACCGUCAUCAUGAACCACCCGCCGCAGAGCGUCUACCAGCAGAUCAUUGAGCGGACCAAGGGUGGCUUCUUCAGGACGCAGGUGCUGUCAGCCGCGGUGGGGAAAUGA